UAAUCCGCGGCACGUUCAGCGUGAGCCCGAACACAAACACACGGUCGGCAACCUGUGGCCUGCGACCGGAAGGCCCUUUAAAAGCGAUCGCCCGCAUCAGACUUUGCGCUCUAGAGCGAGCGCGCCCUGCUCCGAAGGAAUCAGCGUGUCCUCCCCUCGCCGAAAGGUCCAGUUGGGGCUUGCAACACAACGGCGAGUCGAACACUCGCGUUGAUCGCUUUAAAACUAAUUAAAAAAGCAACUUUUUUAUAUGUUGGGGGGGAAACUAUUCAAUAAUCUUCCCCCCCCCCACGACGUUUAAGCCUUCACUAAAACACCAUUUCCCGUCUCACUCCUUCUACUCCGCAGAAGAAUUUACCACAACCAAAAAUUAUCACGAAGUAGCGGCCAUGUUACGUGCUUUGAUAAUGUAGUUGACUGUACAUUUGUAUUAGAAACAAGCAUUGGGGCCUAUUAAGGAUCCGUGAAAUGCAAAUAAAUUCUAUUUUAUUCUAUUCUUUAUCCCCAAGUUCUUUUGCGUCGUUGUCACGCGGUUACGUUGUGUUUCAGAACCCACAAAUCUGAGAUUCGCCUAUAAAAAGCUACCAUUUAGCUAAGAACAUGUAUAAUUGUCUGACUUACACAAUAACCUAACUUUACUACGCCCAAGAUAAUGUCUACUGCUAUUUUAAUCUAAUAGAAUAAUAAGAGGCCUUUGCUGACAAUAUUAAAAAGUAAAGCGAUACUGCUACCCGCUUGGGGUGGUACUCAUUCUUAACCACGGCACUAGAGGGAGAUGAGUGACCAGCAUCACGCCCGGGCUGCGUUGUCCCCAUGAAGAGACCCUGAUACCCAUUGUACAGGAGGAUGGGUGCACCCCAGAGCCAGUCUGGACGCAGCGGCUAGAGGAGAAAUCCUCUGCCCCCGUCGAGGAUCGAUCCCCGGCCGUCCAGCCCGUAGCUAGUCACUAUACUGACAGCUAUCCAGGCUCAUCAGUACAAUUACAGCUGCAUAAUAUUAUGAAAAGUAUGAAUCGUGCGUGCACAUACAUUUCCCUGCGCUAAAACUUGCUUCUGUGUAUUGAUAAAUUUAGCAUAAGGCUUCUGUAGCUAAUUCAGCACGAACGAGUCGAGCAUAUUAGAUUUAUGACUGCGUCUGCAACUUUUGUUUUCAACUUCCUAGAACUGCUGCCUAUUUAACGCAGCAGUGAGCUUGGAAAAUAACGAAAGGCAAAACAUCACGCUGAAAAGUUGCUGCUCUCGGAGCAGUACUGGAAACAUUACAGCGCUAGCAACUGUGAAAGAUAAUCAGGGCUCACCUGACAGUGGUAUUCUUCCGCCACAUGCAGAUCAGUUAUCCGAGAGGAUGAGGAUGUGGUGGGAAGACCCAGCUGUAAAUAAACUGCCAAUCACUUCAUGGUAAUCGAUCCACAUUUGAAACGUAGCCAACAUGCGGCCCUACGAAGCAAACUUUACUUUUUUCAAAUCAGAAUCCCCCAGCAACUUGUAUCACCAACACCCCUCACUCCGCAAAUAUGUCAAUGUUUACCGGCUUGAAUUGGCAAGAUCGUAUGAGAACCACCAACAUCAUAGACAUGAACUUUCAUUAAUAUAAGUGCCUUAAAGGUUACGAAUUACAACACGAACCUUCACUGUUUUAAUUGUUUUGUUACCUGAACGCAAAUUAUUUUAAUAGGCGCACUUAAUGUUCAGAAGAAUCAAGUUUUGUGAAGCUCCCACUUGGACUAGCUUGAUACUGCCAACAGCUAUAUGCGUGUGUAAUAAAUUACCGCCCGCGUUACUCCAGGGAUUGCUAAAUUAAUAAUUACCAUUAUUCCUCUUAUCGUUGACUUUUCCUCUUUGGGAACAAGCUGUUAUCAACUGUUUCGUGCUGCUCACUUUGAAAUGGCGCUACUUUAAAAUACGUCACGUAUUGAAUCAAAUAUUUAUUUUAAAGCGUACAUAAGAACAUUCCUUGGUAAAAUGAUUGAUGAAGCAUAUUUGUAUUCUAAUAAAUGUCGUUUGUGUUUAUGUAAUGAGAAAUUUCAAAUACCAAUAUUUGGUGAAGUUGCAGAAGAGAAGCAAAUUUAUCUAAAAAUCCGGACAUGCCUCUCCAUAAAGGUAUCACAAGAAGAUGACUUCCCAAAAAGCAUCUGCUAUAAGUGUGUGGCAGCGCUAGAACAGAGUUAUAACCUAUGGAGAGUCUCUUCAGAAUCAGAAGCAGUAUUGAGAAAUCUUACUUCCAAAGCAAAUCAAGAUCUCUCUGAGGUCAACAUGCAGCAUCAGGGGUGCCACAGUUUUCGCAGCAAGGGACCUUCACAGGCCAACAGGAGGUUGCUGCUGCCUACAGGAAUCUCUCUUAUUCUGGAGAGCGACUCCGAAGAGGAGCACGGGCAGGCAGCCGAGAUGGAUUCACUGGAAACUCGGCCAGCGGCAGAUAGACAGGAAACCGCAGCAUGGCUCUGGGAGAGCGGCAGUGUGCUGAUGGAUACAACUCCAGACUUCCUAGACUUGCUGUCAGAGCCAUCCCCACGCAGCGCCAGGCAGACAAGUCACACCGAGAUGAUGAACUCUUCACCCCACGUCUUAGAGUGUCUGAGCCAGCCAGCUCCAAACAUCAGAGACAUGACAACAAAGGAGAGUUCCCCAAGCAGCAGGUGGCGCAGCAUCAGCUUGUUUGGGAAGUCCGCCAACACCUGGCGAGACUUGCUGAGGCAUCGCGAGGCGAGGGAAGAGAGACACAGAAUUCCUGGUUCACCAUCCAUCAUGACAGAGGGAGUCACCGCAGCAUCACAGCCAGUUGACAGCAGAAGCCGUGAAGACGUCUUGAAGGCGAUGAAUGAGCGUAACUGCAAGGCCAUCGGCCGGUGCGGCGACAUGCCGAGCACCCUCCUCAACUUCCUUCAAACCCAGAAACCUCUAGUUCACGAGGACCCCAACAUACCUCGACAGGGACCAAAGUGAUCUUUCAUAGCAAUAACAGGCGUCAGAGAAACGUGCAACAUAUGCAGAAUUCUGGAAGGAUGUCGCAAGGAAAGCAACUGACUGCAAGACUGGGACAGAAUCUUAAAAGAAACAUUUAAUGUGGAUUUGGUUGAAGAUGCUCAAUAGCAGGCUUUUGUUUUAGUGAUAAUAAAUUUUGAGUUAUAACAUGA